AUGGAUUUGGAGAAUGAAUACUAUGUUAUUCGGUUCAAUAAUCCUGCAGAUCAAAUGCGAGCUUUAACGAGCGGCCCCUUGGGUGAUUUUUUUAUCACUACCUUCAUGUGCAACCUUGGACUCUGGACUUUCGGUCGGAAGACUUACGAGUUCAAAAGGUGGUGGCGUGGGUACGCCUGCCGGCGUUACCGGUGCAUUUCUACCAUCAAAAUUUUUUUAAGUCCAUUGGGAAAAUGGUUGGCAAAGUCGGGGGAUGGAGGUCAAUGGUGGUUAACAUUUGGGCUACGUUGUUUUAAGUUUGUCCUAGGUGUUAAGAAAAUGCCGGAAAUUCAGUUAGGCGCGCACACAAUAAGAUCCCAUGGUGCUCAAGUAGCCAGGUUUCACAUGCACGAUUGGCUUAUUCUUCUGCUUCUUGUGGUGAUAGUGGCCGUUCUGAAUGUCAUAGAGCCAUUUCACCGGUUUGUUGGUGAAGACAUGAUGACUGACCUGAUGUACCCGUUGAAAGAGAACACCAUCCCCUUUUGGGCUGUUCCGAUAAUCGCUAUAAUAUUGCCUUUCACAGUCAUCCUCGUCUUUUACUUUAUCAGACGGGAUGUCUAUGAUUUGCACCACGCGAUGUUGGGCCUGCUCUUUUCUGUACUUAUAACUGCUGUUCUUACUGAUGCAAUCAAAGAUGCUGUUGGUCGCCCUCGACCUGACUUCUUCUGGCGUUGUUUCCCUGAUGGUAGAGGGGUGUUUCAUAACGUGACAAGGGAUGUCCAAUGUACUGGAUCAAGGAGUGUUAUAAGAGAAGGUCAUAAAAGUUUCCCCAGCGGACAUACUUCAUGGUCCUUCGCUGGUCUUGGCUUCCUAGCCUGGUACUUGUGUGGUAAAAUUAAAGUGUUUGAUCGUAGAGGCCAUGUGGCAAAGCUGUGCAUUAUGUUUGUGCCUUUACUACUGGCAGCAUUAGUCGGAGUUUCAAGAGUGGAUGACUAUUGGCACCAUUGGCAAGAUGUCUUUGCUGGAGGUCUACUAGGGUUGACAAUUGCUUCAUUCUGUUACUUGCAAUUCUUUCCUCCACCGUAUGACAUAGAUGGUUGGGCGCCUCAUGCGUAUCUUAAUAUGCUUGCUGAGUCACAGGGGGGCAGCAGAGAUCAUGCAAGGCAGUCUGAAACCGAUAGCGUGUAG